AUGUCUCAUAAGGUAGAAUUAAUAGAUAGAAGACGCACUUUCUCUGAAUACGCUGAAGAAACAGGCAUGAAGCAUCGACGAAGCAAUAUUUCGGAUAUCUCUAAGUCUGGUCAAGUCGAAAAUGAAAAACGUGUUAGACGUGAGAUUGCAAACUGCAAUGAGCGACGUAGGAUGCAGAGCAUCAAUGCAGGUUUUGAAAACCUCAGAAUUCUUUUGCCACCCACACAGGAUGGUGAAAAAUUAAGCAAGGCGUCAAUUUUGCAACAAACUGCAAAACUUGUCAACACUCUUCUCCUGAAAGUGAAUGCUCUGGAGCAGGAACUAGCGCUCUACCGGCGCUCUUCUGGUCUGCCUCCAUCAUCGGUACUUGCAGAUAUCACUGAAGAAGUUGCGACCGGUUUUGCAAGGAAGCGUCGCACUGAAGAUCAGGGAAAGACUGUGGAAUCACUAAAGAUGGCUAAGCAGGAUGCUGAGACGGCACUUCUUGAUCUUGAUGACGGCAACGCUUCGGGUCGCUCCUCCGACUGUUACGAUGGCAAUUUUGGGUGCUCUCCGCCUUCGACGACUCGACUGCCACCUGUCUCGUCCGCUUCGCCUCCUGAGAGUACCAUUGGCACUGCUGCACGUUUGGAGCAUCUUGUAAUGGCUAUCGAGCAAAUUGAAGGUCCUCCGGGAAAUACACCUCCGCAACUGGAAAAGCCGCCCUCUCUUAGUGAUUCGUUCACCUACGUUCCGCAUGGGCAAACUGUAUACUACAAGUUUCCAGAUCCCGUUUCAGACCUGAGACCUUUCUCAUACGGUUUAAAUACGACUGAUUCUGGCUCCUUGAAGCAGAAUAUCAACUCAUUUGCAGAGGAGUUUGUCUUAAACUCUUCGCCAUCUGCACUGCCAGCGGCUCUUAUUCCCGCGUGUGAAGACAAAAGCACUAAGGAGAUGCCGAUGGACGGGUACCAUCCCGUUGCAAAACUGCUAAAUCGUCCGAUUCCCCAUAAGUAUCUUCAUCGUCCCCAAGUUGUAGUCAAUAAUUCUCACUAA